GUUGCCACGACGCAGAGCGCAGACAGACAGACGAGUAUCCAGCGGACGGACUGCCCCGGUCUGUCCCCCCUAAACUUUUCUCACCAUGAGUGCUGUGGCCUCAGAGAGCGUGUUUUUGUCUGCUUUACAGCCCAACACUUCGGUCACCACCUACGCCCUCCCGUCGGACACCCAGCUCGGGAAUGGAGGCUUCGUGUCGGACGAGGUGGCGAGAGCGCGGCGCGUCCAGCAGCAGGUCCAGCUGAGGAUGGCCGAGAAGUCCACACUUCCGCGUCAGAAUGGAUCGGCCUCACAGUACGCCAUGUCAGACUAUGGCAGUUCAUCAACAGUAAAAUACAACACCUUCACUCCAAAUUUCACUGCUAAAUCCGCCUUUAUGUACAAUGGCUCCAAAACAAUGGGUCCACGUGUAUCCCAGAGAACAGGCUUCAGCGCCCGAUCUGCUGGUGCAGAGCUGUCCCAGUACCCCAGAAUGAGCAUGGUGGGUGGAAUGGCAGGUGGUGGCAGCGGCGGCGGUUAUUAUCAAGAAGACAUACGCAUGGGCAACUACCAAGGGAGCAUGAGAGCGCAGACCCAAAUGGAACCAGAAACCUUCUCUGUGCAAUCAAUGCGACAGCAGACAGCGCAGGUGAAUCCCUGGAUGCUCGAUGGCAGCGAUGCUGCCAGUAUGGUCUCCGACCGGGACGCCGGCUUCAGCCACCAGUACGCUCACAGCGCCGUUAACGGCUACACAGGCCAGGUGAGGCAAGGAAGCACCAUGACCUUUCAGUCACCCAUGCGCCGAUCUCUUAGUGGCACUCUUUCCCGUGGCGGAGGCAUGUCAAUGGGAGGGGCAGAGAUCAUCCAGCAGCAGUCCUUCAAAGGCCCAGCCCACCGCACCAUCAGCAGGAUUACAAACCGAAACCGGAUGAGCAUGGGCUCCAUGUCUGGGACCAUGCAGCAGCCGGCGAUGUCCUCCAGUGGCAGCACCUAUGGAGGAGGAGGAGGACAAGGAGGUUUCAUUGUGUCCUCCGGUUCCCAGGGGAACCUAUUGAUGCAGCGCCCGGGCACCCUGUCCCGUGCUAUGUCCAUCAAAAGCAUGCACAGUGUGGGCAGGGGCAUGGACAUCUUUGAUGGACAGAUGGAGAUGGGAGCCAGCAUGGGCAACCUUAGCGGGAUCAACUCCUUGGACAUGCCCACAGCGGUGCAAAACCUGAGAGAGCCCGACCCUGAGCUGCAGGUCCUGGGUGCUGCGUACAUUCAGCAUCAGUGCUACAAUGACAGCGACUCCAAAGAGGAGGUGCGUCGCCUGCAUGGCAUUGGUGAACUGGUGAAGCUGUUCAACAGCGACAACCAGGAGGUGCGGCGUUACGUCACUGGCGCCACGCGCAACCUCAUCUAUGAGAACAUGGAGAACAAGACAGCCCUGAUCGAUGAGGGCGGCAUCUCAGAGCUGGUUAAGGCGCUCAGCGAGCCAGAUGAUGAGCUCCACAAAAACAUCACAGGUAUCCUGUGGAAUCUUUCAUCCAAAGACAACCUGAAGGAGAAACUGGCCAGGGAGGCACUUCCUGAGCUUACAGAUAAGAUCCUCAUCCCCCUGUCCGCCAAAGAGAUAGAGGAUGCGGAGAAGACUGUCGACGAAGAGUCCAAGAAUAACUCACAGUCCCACUCUCAGGCAGAAAUCUUCUGUAACACCACAGGAUGCCUCAGGAAUCUGAGCUCAGUGAACGAAAAGACCCGUCACAUAAUGAGAGAAAGAAAGGGGCUGGUGAGCUCCUUGGUGGACUAUAUCAGGGCCUGCCUCGAAAAGAACAAGACAGAAGACAAGGGGGUGGAGAAUGCAAUGUGUGUCCUGAGGAACCUUUCCUACCAGCUAUACAAUGAACUUCCUCCAUCUGUUGCAUUGCGCCUGGAAGGAAACAGCAGAGCCGAUGCCACAAAGAUGGGGGAAACCGUGGGCUGCUUCCCGUCUCGGAGCAAAAAUGCUAAAAAAAGCCAGACCAACUUCACUUUCUCCGAGGUCUCACGGCAGCCAAAGGACAUGGAGUGGCUGUGGCACCCUCAGAUCGUGUCAGUGUACAACCGAGUGCUGCAGACGUGUGAGACUAAACACGUCACCCGCGAGGCGGCAGCUGGAGCUCUGCAGAACAUCACAGCUGGAGACAAGAGGUGGGCUUCAGCGCUGAGCUCGGUGGCUCUGGAACAGGAACGGAUGCUGCCGGUGGUGCUCGAUCUCCUAUCGACCAAAAAUGAUCUCGAGCUGCGCUCUCUCACGGGCUUCCUCCGAAAUCUGUCCCGCCACACCAGCAACAAAGACAACAUGGCCACAAAGACGGUGAACCAACUGGUGGAAAAGUUGCCUGAUGACGGACACCAGAAGGAGCCCUCCAGCGAGGUGGUGGUCAACAUCUGUGGUAUUCUCAAUAACCUGGUGACCAGCAGCUCUCUGGCUGCCAGAGACAUCAGCUUCUUCAAUGGCCUCCCCAAACUGAUGGCCAUCAAGAACUCGCAUGACCACAGUCCUGGAAAGUUGAAAGCAGCCAAAGCAGCAGCGACAGUUCUCACCAACAUGUUUCACUACAAGAAACUGCACAAACAAUACAGAGAGAAAGGGUUUUCGAAAGAGGAUUUUAUAGACAAUACACUCUAAGAACAAAGGCAAUGUUGUGCAGGUUCACUGUUACAACAGUGAACAGUCCUGAACUCGACCAGCAAUCUGGGAGAAGUCUUUUUACUACUCAGAGAUAACAUCAGCUCAGUCUUUAUCUACCAUACUUUGAUAAGAACAUGAACACGUGUUGGAUGGACGAUCUACCUUAACGGAAAAAGGAUUUCUUGUAUUUUUUAAAACUCGAUGGACAUCAGUACAGUGCAAGAUUUGUGGAUCCAGGACGAUUAAUGGACUCUGAUCAAACGUGUGCACCUUAACCAUUUCCUCUCUUUGUUUGAACACUGUAUGCAUGUUUAGUGUGUAAUCAGGGAUUUCUUUUCUGUCAGAGCAGCAUGUAUUUCCACGACACAACUGUCGAAACAGUUUUUAACACUGUUGAUGGACAAUAUGGUGUAGUCUUGUGCCUUAUCUUCUGUCAUUUCUCGGUUGAAUGCAACACACGUGGUACUAACAUGAUAUUUUUGUAAAUAUUGCUUUUUUCUUUUACACAAAAAAAUCAGAUAAAAUGUUUUGUAUACUGCAGCGCUUUGUUUUUGUAGUUUUCAGAUAGAUUAUAUCUGUUUAUAAGAGUCAGAAUUAUAAGGUUACGUUUGAAUGUAAACCAGAGAUUUAUAGUAAUUUGGAUGUAAAUAAAUUUGUUUAGGGGAUUGUGAUACAGCCACUUUUAUAUUUACUCUUGCUUUAAAGUUGCAAAAUCUCAAUCUUGCCAUGUCUAACGCUGUCAUUUGUAAUCGCUUGGUUUGAUAAAUUGCGUGUAUGAAACACAGGGGUGAAACAAUGCUGUUCUAACUUUGUUGUAGAGCAAAUUUUGAAAAGAAUUUUAGUAUUUGAGGUCUUUUUUAUGUGCUUAUGAAUGGUAAAUUGCUAAGUUGAACAUUUUUUAGAAUUGAACCCCAGUAAAAAGCAGAAAUCUAGUAAGACUUCUUAAAAAAAAAUACAGAUUUAUGCUUGGAGUUGUAACAAUUACUGCCAUGUAGCGCUAACGUUGACCUUGUGUUUGUGUGUGGGUAAUUAAAAACACUGGCAGUUGUUUUUGUUUUUUGCCGUUAUGUUGUAUACAGGCAAAUGUAUAAUGUGGAUAUUUUACAGCUAAUAAAGAGACACAUUUGGAAAUGAA